AUGAAAUCAAUCAAAUCUAAAGUCAAUGAUGAAACUACAGUCACUGGUUGUAUAUUUCAUUAUAUAGCAGCUCUUGUUAAAAAUUUCAAAAAGUUAUGUGAUGAAAACGAUGUUUGCGCAAAAUCACUUUUAAAACUAUUAUGUGCAUGUCCUUUUGUUCCAAUAGAAGUUUUUGAAAUAAUUUGCAAAAAAUUAGAUGCGAUUAAAGAAAUAAAUGAUUUUGCAAAAUAUUUCUUAAAUACAUGGGGUAAAAAGUAUGAUGUAAUUAACAAGCUGAAAGUAUCUGAUAUGAUCUUUUCCAAUAAUGGAGUUGAGUCAUUUAACAAAGUGUUAAACUCUCAUAUUGCAUUCCCACAUCCAACUAUUUAUCAUAUGAUUUACAUCCUAUUGAAAGUUGAUAAGGUAUAUUUUCAUCGAUAUGCAAGGCAGCAAAAUGACAAUUUUGAUCAUAAAAAAUCGUAUUUUAUACCAUUGACAAGAAUUCAACAAGAGUUAGAUGUAUUCACAUCUAAUUUUGGAUUAGAACGUGCAGAAAUACCAAGUGAAAUAAUCAAAAAACAUAAAAAAUCAUUUCGAUUUGGAGAGGCCGAUUAUCGAGAUAUAG